AUGGUGAGGUCUAAUGCAAACCUAGAUGAGAAGUGGGCAGAACGUAUUUGGGACCCGCGUUCUGCGACUGAGGGUGAUUCGGAAGAAAAUCCCCGCGCAGUAUGCAUCUGCGUAGUACCUGAAUCGUUGCGUUGCAGCAAGAGGGAAGCUUUCAUUCCUCAGUUCGUGGGCCUUGGUCCAUACCAUAAUUUAAGCCCUGACCUCAUCUUGACCAAGGAAAGGAAGUUGGCCGCAGCCAAGAGGGUCCUCAAAGACCUCCUCUCCGACAGCAUGAACCUAAUCCAACAACGCAUCAUCUCAAAGUUUGGCUCACAUACCCAAACUUUCUACCACCCAGAUUUCAAAUCCACAAAUAAUGAUCAUACCCUCUCCUUUAUUGAUGAUACCCUCUCCUUACUACUUGCCGUUGACGGCUUGUUCUUGUUGGCUUUCAUAAGGCUUCUCACCAGCAGCAGCAGUACAGCUGGCGGCGACCUUGAUGAUGCAGAGUUCUCUAACUUCCUAACUGGAAAAAUCAGGAUGCUCCUGUUUAACGCUGCUGGUGUAGAACUGACCAAGAAUGUUCUUAUCAGGGAAGUUUUCAUGCUCGAGAACCAAAUUCCCUCUCUGGUACUUGAGCAGAUCACUGGAUCAGCUCAGGGUCUGGGACUGGGUUCAAACGUGGUGACUUUCUGUAAAAACCACUGUCCUGUUCUCAACUUAGAAGAGCUCCCCAACGUGGACUAUGUUCAUUUGCUGGAUCUAAUGUACCAUUUGAUUGUACCUAGGGCUCAGUCUCCGCCUCAGCCCCAAGAGCCUGAAGCUCGGCCUGAAGCUCCGCUAGAAACUGAGUCCAAUGAUGACGAACCUCAGCCACCGGGAUUGGACAAUAUUUUCCAUCAAUCUUUGGAGGCGGGGAAUGGGAAUUAA